GUCGAGUGCAGAUAAAUCCAACUAUUGUGUACAGUGUUCUUUUAGGUGGGCAGUACUCUAUCGUAAUAUUCGAGUGUGAGGUUCUUUGAACGCACGUAACAGAGCGUAUGUCGUUAACAGUCAGAAAGGUGCCGAUGGUAAGUGAAAAUGGAGGAAUCGGGGAAUUACAGCGGACAGACUUAUUCAGAGUUAUCUACUGGAGAGAAGAUCACUUGUAUCGUACUGUACGCUAUACUGAUGGUUCUGAUAGUCGUAGGAAACGGGCUACUCCUGUAUGUAAUCAUCAAGGCCAAGGAACUGAAGAGAAGCAGCCGCAUUUUUCUGGUCUCGCUGACUGUGGCCGACCUCUUCGUUGGUCUUGUUGUCAUCCCAGUGCGAGUCGUACCGCAGAUCAUUGGCAUCUCAAUCGGUAGCAUCUGGACCGUGUCUGACCGACUGUGUGAGGCGUUAAACUUCCUUGAAGACUUCGCCAUUGGAGCCUCAGUCCUGGCGGUACUAGCCCUGACCAUUGAGAGGUAUCUGGCCGUGGAGAUGCCGCUGAGGUUCCGCUCCAUGCUGACUUCUCGUCGGGCGUGCAUCGUGGUUGCUUGCUCCUGGCUCAUGAGCUUAUGUACGGCGUCCAUCCUCCUUAUUCUAUCGGUGGUAUACGAGAGUCGAUUCGUAGCAUUUGACGGGCCAUCGUCACUGUGUGUCAUCAACAAACUAAGUGGGGUGACCCUUUUCAUGUUUUUGAACUUCAUCAUUGUGUAUUUCCUUAUACCACUUUGCGUCACUUUUUUCGCCUCAAUUCGCAUUCUUAACAUCGUGAAGAACCACACCGCGUAUCAGAAGCAAGCUCCAAAAAAUGUAUCCCAACGGGUGUGUAAUGGAGUUUGUCGUGGACUCUGCAAGUGUUUUCUGCGCAAUAAGAAAGCCCUGGUCACCGUUCUCAUUCUCACGCUUUCGUAUUCAGUCUCCAGUAUACCGUUUGUUGUUUGUGUGUUUUACAUCAUGUUUUCUCCUUAUGCUGUUGACCAACUCCUUGUUGAACUGGCCAAGUUGUCAUUGUUCAGCAGCUGUUUCAUCAAUGUCAUCGUAUACACAGGACGAAACAGGGCGUUCAGGGGGUCAGCCAAGCACCUUCUUUGCCGACUGCUCCAUGUGAGAUGCAACACUGUUAGACGGCACCCAGUCAGAUCGCAAUCCGACAACCUGAAUGUCAGUGUCUCCACCCAAGAUACGCACUUGUAAGACACAACAGCCUGUCCUUGCAAUGUGGAGUCAGGAGAUAUUUUGGUGUAGUACGCUGUACUGACCAGAUGAUGGUCGAAUCUUGCGAACAUUUAAGUUGAAGCUCAUUCAGUAAUAGUAUUUUGCUUUCAUUGAUGGAUAAUACCAGAACAUGCUCAAGUAGACAAUGGCACUUGGACAAUCGAAGUUGGCACAAUGCAACUCAGUCGUGUGUUGGUUACACUUGCUUAUACGAGUAUUUGUGCUGUAACAUUAACACUGCCCCCAAACGCGAGCUACCGUUGAUCGGAAUUCCCCAUCUGGUGCGAACAAAUACGUUCAGAGGGUUGCUACAGGAUCUGACUAUCAUGGCGGUACUGAUGCCAUACAAGGAGAAUUCACCAGUGGAUUAGGAGAAGACCAGGAUUAAGCACGCUCACAGGGCAGAGAAGUCAACGCAACCCCGCAAUUCAACAAUCAGGAAAAUAAUCAGCGACUUAGUCUCGUUGGAGUGGUGUUGGGACGGGUGGCCAGGCGGAGUGAUGCCUUCCAGGCGUGCCUUGGACGGUGAACAUUAUGAGUCGGAUCCUACCGUGCCAUUCCGAUUGGUGAUUCGGCAGGGUUCCAAAAUACACAUCGUGCAUAAGCGACUAUAAAAACAGUAUCCAGAAGGACAAGGCGAUGUUAUACGCCCGACGCGCGGUCAGCAGAGACGGGUACCGAAGGGGCUUCUCCAUGGCAAUCUAGCAAUCACAGAUCAGAGUCAGGAGCCACAUGAAGGAUGUUACCACCAGUAAUGCAACAAUUGACCAAUAAUGUAAUACCAAUCAGACCCACCGUUGAAGAGACUCCCUCCCAUGAAAUAGGCCCUCACCGAGCCACCCCCCCCCCCGCAU